CAACAGGCCUGAGCUUUACGAUGUCAUGGAGGCUUUGGCACAGGUGCUUUCAUGUCCAGUGUGUUUAGAGUUAUUCACACCUCCAGUGCUGGUCCUGUCCUGUGCUCAUAACUUCUGCAAGAAAUGUCUGGAAAAAAUCCUUGUGCGCCAGAAUUGCAGUCAUGUUAAUGGACAAUUCUCCUGCCCUAUGUGCAGAAAAAUCAUACACUUGAGAGGGAGAGGAAUUAUUGGCUUGCCAAGAAAUAUACUAGUGGAGAGUAUCCUGGAAAAGUUUAAGUAUGAACUUGAAAACCUGCAUGCAAAAGAACAAGCUGAAUUGUCUCAAAUAUGUGAACAACAUGGGGAAAGCAUGAAUUUGGUGUGCCUAACAGAUGAUAAACCAAUUUGUGCCAUCUGCAAACUCUUUGGAGACCAUGAGCCCCACGACGUAGCUAAAAUAUCUGACGUUUAUGCAGAGAGGAAAAAGAAGUUAAUCAAAGAUUUAGACUGGGUAUCUGAACAAUCUGAGCGUGCUGAACAAGCAAGGAAGAGAAUGCUGGCCUGGGAGAGUGGGGCGAAACGCCAGGAAGAAACUCUGCAAGAACGUGGCACGAAAAACCCACAAAACACUACGGACGCCGGCCAUGGAAGCCUCCGCUUCCCCGGUGGGUUCCGUGGCUGA